AUGUAUCUCGCUGCUGCUUCCGAUCCCCCCAUGGGGCAGCAGCAGCAACAGCAGCAGCCGCAGCAGCAGCCGCAGCCGCCACCGCAGCAGCAGCCAUCUGAGGAGCUGCAGCAGCUGCAGCUCCUUUUUUCUACUAGAGGCUCUGGUACCCCUGUAGGUGAUCCACUGCAGCAGCAGGACCAGCAGCAGCAGCAGCAGCAACAGCAACAGCAGCAGCAGCAGCAGCAGCAGGAUGUAGGAGGAGUAUGUAGUGGGAUAUCCGCAGCAGCAGCAGCAGCUCAGCAGUAUUUAGCAUCAACAAGGGGCCCCCCAUCCUCCAUGGGCCCUCCAUCAUCAAUGGGGCCCCCAUCCUCUAUGGGCCCCCCAUCCUCCAUGGGCCCCCCAUCCUCCAUGGGGCCCCCAUCAUCAAUGGGUCCCCCAUCCUCUAUGGGUCCCCCAUCAUCAAUGGGUCCCCCACCUCCUUUUAACUUCUCUGGUCCACAAGGGGGCCCCCCUCCACCUGUAGGGGGCCCCCCUCCAUCGGGGGGCCCCCCAAGGCUCCUCCUAUUUAUAGAUAGGCCUACAAGAAUAUUCGCCUUACAAGAAGGAGACAUAAGAGAUUCUCUCUCCCCCUAUGGCUCUCUUGAAAAUGUGUACAUUUUGAGGGACCGAGCAGCAGCAGAAGUAACCUUUGGUUCUGCUGCUGCAGCAAAUGCAUGCAUGACGGCUCUUGAUGGUGUACCCUUAGAGGGGGUGGGUAUGCUGAGGGUGCUGCAGUUACCACCAGGUGCAGCAGCAGCAGCAUUACUACCUGAGUCUGCUGCUGAUCCAGCACAACCCCAGCAGCAGCAGCAGCAGCAGCAGCAGCAGCAGUUUGCUGCAGGUAAUGCAGCAGCAGGUUCUGCUGCUGCUGCACCCCCUCAAUGGGACUCUGGUGCAUGCUGGUCAUCAGGUGACCCUCGAUCUAAGUCACAGAACGAGGGUUCGUUGCAGCUGCAGCAGCAGCAGCAGCAACAGCAGCAGCAGCAGCAACAGCAACAGCAGCAACAGCAUUCGUUACAAAUGGGCAGCAGCAGCAGCAGCAGCAGCAGCACAAAACGUGUAUGCAGACUAGAGCUUGUUGGCCUAUUCGGAGAAGAGCCAAGCUUCUGUGUUGCUGCUGCACUUAGAGGAGCUAAUGAUAGGAAGCCCCUUAAUGAUGCCCCUGUAGCAGACAGACUCCAUCUUACCCUCUCCUCACAUGAUGAUGAAGCAUUCGAAAAAGCCUUAGCAAUGUGUGAGGAUUUAGUGCAAUCAGGGCACCAGGGGUACUGGGGCCCCCUCCUUUCUUGGGGCCCCCCUUCCAUCCCCCUGCCAAUGGAGAAUUCGAACAAAGACACAGAGACAGAAGCAGAAGCAGAGACAGGGGGCCCCCAAGAGACAGAGAUGGAGGGUACAGAGGGGGAUCGCCUCGCCGUGGGGGCCCAGGAGGUCGUCAGUCCAGACGGGGUGGCGGCCGGGGGGCCCCCGGCAGGGGCCCCCCAAGGGUACAAGACGAGGACGGGGGCCCCCAGUAGAGAAAAGGCCCCCUUCUGCUGUGCCCUCUAG